AUGGUUUUGACAUUUGACAAAAUGUAUUUGACACGGAAUUUUAAUUAUUGGAAAAGUCUUGGAAUAAAUGGUCCCAACCCAUACAUAGGUAUUGGCACAUUGAUUCACCAGUUUUUGACACCAAAACCACUUUUGGAAGUUGAGUGGUAUAAGAAAUUUGGCAAAUUAUACGGAAUAUACAAUGGUACCAAUCCUGCCCUAACAGUAGGCGAACCAGAAUUGAUAAAAAAUGUUUUGGUGAAGGAUUUCAAUUCAUUCGCUGACAGGACUCCGACGAAUCCAUCCGAUUCUGAAACACCAUUUGAUUGA